AUGCCUGCGCCGGCCCACAUUCAAGCGGCUACGCUCCAGAAAUUUCUCGCAGGAUGGAAGAAAUUCACAGCCCAAGAGUGGAUGGCUACCUGGUCUGCAGAAAAUACGCAGCAGAUCCUACCUUUCAGCCUGGGAGUGCCGUCGCGCUCGCGGGCAGAGGUGCAGCAAAUCUUACCAAUGCUCAUUGGAGUUUUGAAGAACUAUGAAAUGGAGGUACACGAGCUGGUACACGAUGCUUCAAAGGGAAAGGCUGCUGUCUAUAUCACCUCGAAGGCCAACACCCCCUUAGAAGGGAAUUUCAAGUGGACAAACGAAUAUGCCGUCUUUCUCACAUUUACCGAGGAUGGACAGAAAAUAUGCAAGAUGGAAGAGAUGGUCUAA